CCAGAAUGGAAACGCUCCUCGGUGCGCUCACUGGCACUCCUCCCUCUCCUCCUCUUGCUCGGCAGCUUCUUCUGAAUUGCGCAUCGGCACUCCGGCAGCAGCACAUCGGGAGUCACGAGCAGCAACGAGAGAAACACAUUUAGAGAAGUGAAGAAAAGUGAGCGAGAUGAUGAGCUCUGUGUGCGCGCGGACCAAACAGAUGAUGGAUUGAACUUUAAACAUGUGCAGGUGGGAUCUGGAUCCAACUCUUCUUCGUUUGUGGAAUAUGUUAAACGGAGAUUUCCAGCUGGGCUGAUGCUGAUUAAUGAAACCAUGACACGUUUUCUUCUUCUUCUGCUCACAGAGGUGAUGCUUUUUGUGUGAGGCUGAUCCAAACUCCGACGCAAAGAGUCUCUGAGGUCGGGAAUAAACGAGGACUCUGCUUCCCGUUUUUGACAGGCUGUUGACAAAGACAAAAGACAUCCAAAUAACGAUGUAAUAAAAAGAUUUCCUGCACACAUCGCAGAGUGAAUGGAAACAAAGUGCACCGAGCGGCAUCCAAGUGCGUCAGAAGUGAGCGGAGCGCCGUUACGCAUGGAGACAGCUCGGCGCUGAGAGGAUUUUUCUGCCUGUUCUUAAUUCUUUUUUUUUAUGAUUUUAACUCUGACAAAAGAGGGAAAAAGUGAUUCUACUCCUCCUCAAACAGAAAAUGAGUAGCUGUCUUCUCAGACUAGCACUCUUCGUGGCUUGUGUCCUCUCCAUCCGCUGCACCGCUGCGCCCGGGACCGAGGCUGAGGCGCAAACGGCGUCCCAGAAUACCUGCGCGUCCUGCGGCGUGGCUCAGCCGGAGGACCCCGAGUCGGGCCGGCUGAACGUGGACUUCCUGGAGGCGGUGAAGAGGCACAUCCUGAGCAGGCUGCAGAUGCGGGAGAGGCCCAACAUCACGCACCCGGUGUCGAAGGCGGCCAUGGUGACGGCGCUGAGGAAGCUGCACGCCGGGAAGCUGCGCGAGGACGGGAGGGUGGAGAUCCCCAACCUGGACGGACACCCGAUGAGCAACGAUGUGCUGGAGGAAAGCUCCGAGAUCAUCAGCUUUGCGGAGAAAGAUGAUUUGGUGACGUCCAAGUCCAGCCUGUUCUUCCAGAUCUCCAACGAGGGGAACCAGAACCUGUACGCGACGCAGGCCACCCUCUGGCUCUACUUCAAGCUGCUGCCGUCCCCCCUGGAGGUGCGCCCGAGGAGGAAGGUGACGGUGAAGGUGUACUACCAGGAGCCCGGCCUCAGCAGCAAGUGGAACCUGGUGGAGAAACGUGUGGAGCUGAAGCGCAGCGGCUGGCACACCUUCAUGCUGACCGACGCCGUGCGGCUGGUGUUCGAGAAGGGCGACCGGCGACAGAACCUGGAUGUGCGGUGUGAGGGCUGCGAGACAGACGGCGUCGUCCCCGUCCUGCUGAACCACAACGACGAGUCCCACCGGCCCUUCCUGGUGGUUCAGGCCCGGCAGGCCGACAACAAACACCGGAUCCGUAAGAGGGGGUUGGAGUGUGACGGCAGCAGCAGCCUGUGCUGUCGCCAGCAGUUCUACAUAGACUUCCGGCUCAUCGGCUGGAACGACUGGAUCAUCGCUCCGUCGGGUUACUUUGGGAACUACUGCGAGGGGAACUGUCCCGCCUACAUGGCAGGCGUCCCCGGAUCUGCCUCCUCAUUCCACACGGCGGUGGUGAACCAGUACCGCAUACGGGGGAUGAGCCCGGGCUCCAUGAACUCCUGCUGCAUCCCCACCAAGCUCAGCACCAUGUCCAUGCUCUACUUCGACGACGAGUACAACAUCGUGAAGCGGGACGUUCCAAACAUGAUCGUGGAGGAGUGCGGCUGUGCUUGAGUUGGUUUUUUAUUUAAGGUGGAACUGAAGAACUUCACCAUUUCACAAAAAAAAAAAAAGAAUAUAGAAACAGAAUAUUUAUGGACGAUGGAGCGUGCACCUCAUCCACACAUAUCUACACGCCUGCACAAAACUUGUACAUAUAUUUAUGUUUGUUGAUAUAUUUUGUUAUAUUCUCUGGAGGACGACGUCUCUGAGAUAGUAAAAGGUUUGCUUUGAGAGUGUUUUAAAGACUCACUGUUAGAGUGAGAGUUAGAGUCUCAACUCUUCAUGUGUAGAAAACAAACCAUGAGCGUGGAGGAGGAGCCUUACAGGAGUCACAGAGACGGUGGAGGUGAUUCAAUGAUGCCUCUUUUAAAUGUUAAUGCACCAAUCAGACUUCACCAACGUACAGCACUUCAGGACUCACACUGACACUCUGCUCCUCCAUCACACCGGCUUCAAGCAGAGAAACAUCUGAAAACUUCAUCUGUAGAGACUUCUCAUCACCAAACUGUAUGACGCAGCUCUCCUGAGUUUGACUUUCCUCUUGUGGAUGGUCGUUCUUCUCUCUUAUUGUUGUCGGGAGUUGAUCAUUUAAAAGUCUAAAAGUAUCUGCUCUGGGUAAGUGCUUGACUGUGUCUAACUCUAAGUACUGAUGGGAUGUUUCAUCAAAAACCGAUCGGUCUGUCUCCUCUUGAAUAUCAAAUAUCACAUGUUGCACAGAGUUAAUCAUUUCAAUUGAAUAUUAUCAUAGCUUUCCCCCGUUAAUCUGAUCUUUGAUGGUGGAUGUGAAAAAACUUUGAGUUCUUGUUGAAACAUUUCUCUUCCCGUCAUGAGACAGAGCGGAGGGUGCAAAUCUUUGACCGUCACUGUGAUGGUCAGGUGUCUCUGUAUCGAUGAAGUUAUAAAAAAACAAGUUUUCUCCCUGAAUUUGAGGAAUGACCUUACAUCUAUCGGAUCUCGUUAACGUUUGAAAGCUGCCAGAUAAAACCCGACUCGCGCUCCCCUCUGAGGGCGAGGUUCAGGUUCCUUCCAGAUGUUGAAAUAAAAGUCAAAGCUUAUCUCUCAUCACAGUCAGGGUGAGUUUGGAGACGGUGCAGCAUGGUACUUCCCAACGCUCUCUUUGAUAGCACUUGCAGAUUGAAAUGCCUUUAAUUAGCCCGAUGUGGCGCGCCAUCGCCCACAGUCCUUGGAAAAAGAAAUAAGUGCCGCAUGAGCUAUGCAAUGUAUAGUAUUUAGCUGAAGUGAAGCUCUUCUGACAAACGAUCGACGAUACUUGAAAUGUGAGAGCGGCAAGCAGGGGCAGGUCGGGCUUUGGCUGGGAGGCGGAGUUACACCCUGGACUGGUCGUCUGUCAUGAUGCAACAGUUCAGGACUGGACUUUGUGCUGCAGAGUUAUUGAAUCAUCUGCUGGAACCUGUGGAACAUAAAAAAAGGCUAACGGGGCUAACGGGGCUAACUCUGACCCAGAUGGGACGCUUGCUUGAACAGUAGUUUUGGUGUCUUAAUGAACGAGUCCCGGUGGAGUUCCCGUCAUGGCCCGUUUGGCACCGAAACACACUUUGAGACAGUUUCAGGCCUCGCUCGAACAUCACUUUGAUGUUUUCAGGUCAGACGCUGCAGCGACCUGCUCUCUCUCUCUGCUUCAUUAUAUUCUGCAUACUGAAGAGGUGCAGGUAGCGACUGUUACCUCUCCGCCUUCCGUCCCACGCUCGACCUCCACUCUACCGCCGCCGCCGUAAUCUCUCGCUUGUUGUUGGCUCGUGUUGUUGGCGAAGCGCUUGUUAGAAUAUUUGCACUGAGGAGCUGCGUGACGAGUGACGAGGGUAAAGAAAGAAUAGAAACUGCCAUUGAAAUAAAAAAAGUUAUUUUUAUAGAAGCAUAAUCGAGCUCUGUUCUAAUGUAUUAUACCUAAUCAUGGAACCAAAGAGGCCACGAGGCGACGCCGGGGAAAGAUGGCGGCGCCGUCACGUUUGUGUUGUAAAUGAGUUUGAGGGGAAAAGAGGCCUAAACACUGUAUCAGGGUAUAAUAUCACUCCAUCACCUGCUUUCCUUUUUUCUACCUACACAUGGAGUACGUGUUCAUCAGUUUCCUUUCUUCUUUUAGCGCUGGUCUCAGAUUCAUGUAGAGUAAACACACCGUCUGAUCCCUGUACAGUCCAUGUAACAUACCAAUAUGCUUUCAAAUAUUUUCUUCUUUGUUAUUGUUGAAAAUAAAUUUCUUAUUACCAACUUUA